CGCGCGCACGCACGCACACGCGCAUUCUCUCUCCCUCUCUCCCUCUCUCACACACAUACGCAUUAUCUCUUUCUCUCUCUCGUUCUCUCACACACACACACGCGCAUUAGCUCUCCCUCUCUCUCACACACACGCGCGUGCUCUCUCUCACUCUCACACACACACGCGCACACGCGUGCGUCUCUGCGAUUCAGAAGCGGGUCACCGCUUCCGAGCCAAGGGGGUGGGGGGUGGGUGGUGUUAGUGGGUAACGUUUUAAUCAGGAGCCCACGGCUCAUCGUCGCUCGAUGGAAGAUCUCCGGUAUAAGAGGAGCAGCAGCAGCAGCAUCAGCAGCAGCAGCAUUUGCCACCGCGAGCACAGCGACCAGCGCAGCUGCCGGUAGACGGAAGGAGGGAGACGCAAUGAGAAUUGACUAAGGUCGCGGACGGACAACGCGAAGCGAGCGGUGUUGGCUGGCCGCCGCUUGGCUGGUUAGGUCGGUGGGACGACGCAGGGAGGAGGAGGAAGGAGCGUGGUAUGGGUUUCGGGGAUGUAUAGCAGCAGUGAGAGAUCCGAUGAGAGUGAGUAGAGAAUACAAUUAUUUGUAUCAUCAGCGGAGGCGGAGGCUUUCACAAUCGGCGGCAUCCGAGGCAGCGAGCGGUGGUCGCCUCUUCGUGCCGAUGUCAUUCGGCGACACGAGCGUAGGAUUCGCUUUCGUUCUGCCGUCUAAAAAAACACAUCGCCGCUCGUAUGCGUGUCAUUGGACGAUUGUUUAUCAUUAGCGCUGCCGCUACGCUCGUAACGAUUUGUACAACAGUGAGGCCGUCUCGAUCAAUGCCUCUUCAUCGUCGCCGUUUGUAUGAUAACAAUAAUUAUUAUUAAUGCAUUAGUUAGUAUAGGGAAGGAACUGCCUUCACACGAUAAUGAUACUACACGAUCGUCAGGAUUGUUAUAACCUAUUGUGUGUCACUGUCCGGUAGCAUUCGGUAUUCACACGGGGGUUUUUCCCCUUGUACGGGAACAAUUCCUAUCGGGUCCGAUGACCAUUAUUAUUAUUAUUGUAUAAUUAUAAUCAUUGUUUGGUUAUGCGACUGCUAUCAUUGGCCGCAGUGUUCGAUCACAAACGACACCAAAUGAAACACAACGCGUUUGUCCAUAGCACUACCUCUUAAAAGGAGGAGGAGGAGGGUGGGGCGGGUAUAAAUAUAUAUAAUCGGCGACGUUUCGGGCGAGAGGCCAGAGAUAUAAGUCAUCAAAUCAUUUCGAUUUAAAGCUUUCGUGACUGCAGGGAUUCAUCUUCUUGGUUUUUUCGGUAAAGUCGCGUAGAAGGGAAAUAAUAAAAUAAUACAAAAUAAAACAUUAUAAAAUCAUAUCGGCCGCUACAGCUGUCGGGGAAUAGAAGAACGGGGGAUUCGGGUGGGGGGGGAGGCAAGGAAUAUCGCAGCAGUGCCUUUGGCGUGACUGUAGCCUCGGUAGAUAUCUGGCUAUAGAUAGCUGGCCAGAUCACACGGCGAAAGGAAAGGGGGCUAAGAGCCACCACCACCACCAUCAUCAUCACCAUCAUCAUUAGCAUCACCGGCAGAAGUGACACCAACGACGGCAGCCAACAUGAUGAAACGCAAGUUCAAGCUGCUGCUCGUGGCCGUGCUGGUGCUCGCCUGUUGCCUGCACAUCGUGCUCGACCUCCUGCCCGAGCUGGAGAGGCGAGUGAUGCGCGCGGACGAAUGCGGUUGCGGCUCGGCAAGCAACGUGGCGAGGCGCUCACGGCACAACGCCGCCAACGACGGGGGCAAGGCGGCUUUGAGAAUUCUACAGGACGUUAGCAGCGGCGUAGUCGGUGGUGGUGGUGGUGGGUCAUCGAACAGCAGCUACCACCACCAACACCACCAACAACAACAGCUGCUGCGGCAGGCACCGCCGGCGGCUGACGACGGUGGCGACGAGUCAUCUCGUGGCCGGAAGAGGAUUGCGGGCGUUGAUGGCGUUCCGGCAGGCGGCAUGCAAGGGGUUAAGAAGAGGUCGAGGGAUAAUGGUGGUGGUGGUGAUGAUGCGGAGGUGGUGAUGGUGGAGGACUCGGCGUGGUCGUCUCUAGACGCGCUAUUCGCUCACCCUCUCUACACGGUGACCGUUCCGACGCCAUCCAAGGAAGAUCUUCUCUUCAUCGUGGAGCCGGGAGCCAAAUUUAAUCCCAAGAGUAAACGCCUGGACAGCGAUGGGUGGACGAGUGACCCUGCGGCCGAGCCAAUCCCCGGCCCGCAUGCCGCGGCGAGCCGCAGCCCGUACGACACGUACCCCAACUGGCUGCGGUUCCACGUGGGGAUCACGCGGCGUGCCAUGUACGGGCGCCGGGCGCCAGUGGUGGACGCCCUCCUGGGCGACCUGCUGAGCCAGAAGAUCGUAAGUGUGGUCAUGAAGUCGGGUGGCACGCAGCUCAAGCUCAUCAUGACCUUCAAGAACUACGGCCAGGCGCUCUUCAAGCCCAUGAAGCAGCGGAGGGACCAGCAGACGCCGCCCGAUUUCUUCUACUUCUCCGACUUUGAGCGGCACAACGCGGAGAUCGCCGCCUUCCACCUCGACCAAGUGCUCGACUUCCGCCGCGUGCCCCCCGUGGUGGGGCGCCUCGUGAACAUGACGCGCGAGAUACGCGAUAUCACCAACGACAGCAAGCUCAUCAAGACGUUCUUCAUCUCGCCCGCGAACAACGUGUGCUUCUACGGCGACUGCUCGUACUACUGCACGACGGAGCACGCGCUGUGCGGGCAGCCCGACCAGCUGGAGGGAUCCCUCGCCGCCUUCCUGCCGGACACGGACAUCGCGCCGCGCACCUCCUGGCGCAACCCGUGGCGCCGCUCCUACCACAAGCGGCGCAAGGCCAACUGGGAGAUCGACCCCAACUACUGCAGCGAGGUGCGGAAGACGGCGCCGUACAACUCCGGCACGCGCCUCCUGGACGUCAUGGACAUGACGGUGUUCGACUUCCUCAUGGGCAACAUGGACCGGCAUCACUACGAGACGUUCGAGAAGUUUGGCAACGAGACGUUCAUCAUCCACCUGGACAACGGGCGCGGGUUCGGGAAACACUCUCACGAUGAGAUGACCAUCCUGGUGCCUCUGCAGCAGUGCUGCUGCAUCCGCAAGUCCACCUACCAGCGCCUGCAGCUGCUCGCGGAGCCCCGGUACCGGCUGAGCGCCGCUAUGCGCGAGUCCCUGAGCCGCGAGCCGCUGGCGCCCAUCCUGAUCGAGGCUCACCUGCGGGCGCUCGACCGCCGCCUGAGCCUCGUGCUGGACGAGGUGCGGGCCUGCGUGGCCAGGCUCGGCAUCGACGCCGUCGUACUCCCAGAGCCGCCCGCGGCGGCCGUGGCGGCGGCGCCGCGAGGCGCGGGCAAGGACGCAGGAGGGAAAGGAGGUGGUGGGAAAGGAGGUGGAGGAGGGGGAAAAGGAGGAGGCGGUGGCGGUGGUGGCGCCGCGGCGAAAGCCGCCGCAGCCGCGGCACGGCGGAGAUAGCCGUGCCGACGGCGCUCCUCCCACGGGAUGUUGUUGCCGGCGGCGUGGCGACGUCGCCGCGACGUUGGAGUUGGCCAGAGGGAGGAGGCCAAACGGGGCCUCCCGGCGUCGCGGGAGGGCUGCUGCGUCUGCGCGGCGCAGAGACGGGGACGCGUUGCGGGAGGGACGGGGGAGAAAUAUCUCCCGUGGAGCGACGAGCUGCGCCGUCAGUCGUGUUCGGUUUUUUUGCCUCGUCGCGAUCGCGGAAGCUCGCGGAAGCUCGCGGGAUUCUUACAAAAGGCUUCGUCGGGGAGAGGGCACCGCACCGCCCCGGUGAAGAAGACACAAACUCUAAACCCCAAGGGGCGAGGUGGUAACUCGCCCGGGCGUCCGCGACGAUGGAUUUGAACGACGGCGGCGCGGCUGCACGUGGCCGGGGGGGAUGCCUUCGUUUCUCGCCGAAUCAUUUAUUUUGUUGCCGGCUCAACUGGCGGGCGUGAGGGCCUGGCCACUGGCCGCUGGCCGCUGCCCGGCGCUGGGCCCGAUUGGUGUGUGUGGGCCCUGUUAGCCGGCCAACGCGGUGCGGUUGGGACUGGUGAGUGUUCCGGAGUGUGGGGGAACGGCAGGGGGUGGGGGUUCAGGCUGGCAGAGGGGGUCACGUCUAGUUCUCUCCAUACCUCUCUUUUCAGCUGUGCCCCCCACAGCCGCCCCCUCCCCCCCCCCCCUUAAUCGCACCGCUCUCCCUGGCUGCAGUCGUCCGGUGCUGAGUUCCCAUGGGCCAGCGGCUCGGAGCAAGCCGGGGCGAGCGGCUCGCCCGACGACUCCCCGAGCUCUCGCGUGGCGAGGCGGAGCGGUGUUUUGCCGUUGCGCUCUCUCCUCGCUCACUCGCCGCAGGGACGGAGGAAGUGGGGGGGGGGCUCUUUCUCUCGUUUGCUGGUGGGCCUCCCUCCAGUUGCGUCGGAUCCUCCAUUGGCUGCCGCCUGCUUUGUGGAAGGAGCCCAGUGGGGAGGGGGGGGCCGUAGGGGAGGGGUCGUGAUUUAGACAGCGGCACCAAAAAUGGGGGUGAUCGAUCGGUGGUGAAAUUCUCAAAUUUUUUUUAUCGAAAUUAGAUUUUAUUUCUUUAAACUAAAAUAUAUAUUGAAAGAAAAUAUAUAAUAUAAGUUGGGAUGCCUGGUGGCAAUUUUGUUUUUAGUUGUUGAGUCAUUUUUAAUUAGCGGCGCAAAAGUUUUUUUUUUUGUAAAAAUAUUUUUUAAAAAGAAGAAGUGACGACAAGUGACAGACACAAAACCACCCGCGGAGGGUUUCGUCGCGAUGGGGAAUUCGCUUCCGUAGGUUUUCCUCUCCGUUCUCGCGGCUUACGAUCGCUAGCGAAAUGUGCGACUUGGCGGUAGUAGUGGUGGUGGUAGUGGUGGUGGUAGUGGUGGUGGUAGUGGUGGUGGUGGUGGUCGUGGUGGUGGUGGCGGUGCGGAGGGCACGCGCGUGCCUGGGUAAUUUAUUAGCGACGAUGGCGAGCUCCGUCGCUUCUCGUGCAAUGGGAAUC